AUCGACUCGAAUAAAGUAACCAUGCUGCCAGCAACGGUGAUUAUUGUUGUGGUUGUUUUCGCCGUCUUGCUGGUGAUUCCUCCGACUAGUGCCGCCGGAUCCGGAAGCAGCAGCAGUAGCAGCAGCAGCAGCAGCAGCAAUAGUAAUAGCAACAGCAUGGAUGAGAACGAAACGCUCAAGAAAGCCACCAGCUCGCGGAUCGUGCACACGAAGUACGGUUCCGUUUCCGGCACGAUCGAGCACCUGGACGGGCGCCACCUGGAUCCGGUGGAGGCGUUUCGUGGUAUACCGUACGCGUCACCGCCCGUGGGCAACCUGCGCUUCAUGCCCCCGGUGACCGGGGCCCUCUGGUCGGGUGUGAAAAAGGCAGACAGAUUCAGUCCCGUCUGCCCGCAGCGGCUGCCCGACAUCUACAACGAAACGGCCGCCCUGGAACGGAUGCCCCGCGGCCGGCUGGAGUAUUUGCGGCGGCUUCUACCGUACCUGCGCAACCAAUCGGAGGACUGUCUCUAUCUCAACAUCUACGUGCCGACUCAAGCCGGAUCUCGUGAGAGUUCAAACUCGCAAAAGUUUGCUGUGAUGGUGUUCGUCCACGGCGAGUCAUACGAGUGGAACAGCGGCAAUCCAUACGAUGGAUCCGUUUUAGCCAGCUAUGGACAAAUUUUAGUAGUUACAAUCAAUUAUCGUUUAGGAAUUUUAGGAUUUUUAAAUGCCAACGUUGACCGGUUCUCGAAAGCGCCGGCCAACUACGGCCUGAUGGAUAUCAUCGCUGCCCUGCACUGGAUACAGGAGAACAUCGAUGCCUUUGGUGGGGAUCCGAAAAGCGUUACCCUUGCGGGGCAUGGUACUGGAGCGGCGUGUGUGCAUUUUCUGAUUGCUUCCGCAGCCGUUCCGGAAGGAUUACUGUUCCAUCGGGCCAUCAUGAUGUCCGGAUCGGGACUGGCACCGUGGUCGCUGGUCGGGGAGCCGGCCAAGUUUGCGGCGUACGUCUCGCACCACGUAAACUGCUCGCCCGACCUACCUCAUCAGCUGCUGCUGAAGUGCUUGCGGGACAAACCGCUCGAGGACAUCCUGUCCACCAGCGUGCGUGCCCCAGACUUUGGCAACGCGUUCGGGCCCAGUGUUGACGGUGUUGUUAUAGACACCGGCGAGAUCCAGCAGAUGGACGGGACGCACUACAGCGACUACAAUGGCAUUCCGUCGGCAACGAAACCAUCCGCUCAUAUCCACAACACGCUCAACACUAUCAACGCGAUACUGUUGCGCAAACUAGCUAUUAACAAAUUGUCCAGGUACGACCUUCUCGUGGGCGUCACGAGGGCGGAAGCGUACUUUGCCUUCAACUCGGAGGACGUUCAGUACGGCAUAGAGGCGGACCGGAGGGCGAAGAUCCUCAAGAACUACGUGCGGAGCACGUACAGCUUCCACCUCAACGAGAUCCUCGCCACGAUCGUGAACGAGUACACGGACUGGGAGCGCCCGGUGCAGCAUCCUAUCAAUAUACGAGAUGAAACGCUGGAGGCCCUCAGUGAUGCCCGGAUCGUCGCACCGGCCGUCCAAACGGCUGACCUACAUUCCGCUGACCAUCGCAACUCGUUCCUGUACGUGUUCGACUACCAGACCAAGUUCGGCGAUUUUCCUCAGCGACAAGGCUGUAUCCAUGGCGAGGAUCUCCCGUAUCUGUUCGGAGCACCGCUGGUCGGAGGGUUCAAUCAUUUCACGCGAAACUACACCAAGUCUGAAAUCGCCCUCUCGGAGGCCGUUAUGAUCUACUGGUCGAACUUUAUCCGCACCGGCAAUCCAAAUGAGCAACUGGAAAACGACCACGUGCGGGACCGGACGCGGUUCAAGAAUAUCGAAUGGACGCCGUACGAAAGCGUCCACAAAAAAUUUCUCAAUCUCGACACGAAGCCAAAGCUGAAAAACCACUACCGGGCGCAUCGGUUGUCGUUCUGGUUGAACCUGGUGCCGGAUCUGCACAAACCGGGCAACGACGACGUCCCGAGUGCGCAUCACGAGCUGGAGGCGGACGACGAGGAACCGGCGCCCAUCAUGCCUACGGUGAAACCGCUCAAUCCACCCCAGCGGGACCCUUCCACAGCGAAUGGCAACUUCUCGCUGUUCACCACGCAGGUCUUCUCGCUGCUCAACUUCUCUUCCUACGGCAGUGUCUUCCCGAACGGUACCCGCCAUCAUCCAGCGCGGCCCGUACUCCCGGUGACGGCCGAGUCUUCCGAGGGUGGUGACGAUGAUGGCACGGGCCAGGGCGGAGCGGGUGGCACCGGUGGCAUCUCUUCUUCCAGCGAGGACGGCUUUGCCGCGUACAGCACGGCCCUCAGCGUCACGAUAGCGAUCGGGUGCAGUCUGUUGAUCUUGAACGUACUCAUCUUCGCCGGCGUGUACUACCAGCGGGACAAGACGCGCUUGAACGAACCGCGAAGCGGUGGCCACGGGGGCGUCGGCAGUGUGGGCCAUGGGACGCUCAAGAAGCGCAACGAGAACGGCCAGAUGCCGAACAACAUCUGCGGCGAGCUGGAGAGUCUGACCAUCCACGCGAAGAGUGGCGAUCCGGCCACCAUCUUGGGCCACCAUCAUCCGGCCCUGCAGCACCAUCAGAUGCCUCCGCCGGAGUUUGCCGAUCUGCCGCAGCGCGCUCCCCCACCACCGAAGCACCUGAAGUCCGUCCCGACGGGCGGUGAGGGUGGGGGCGGAAUGCUGCCGGCACCCGCACUCCAGCUGAUCGGCAGCAACUGCGGGACGCUGACGAAGAAGAGCUGCGUCAAGUCGAACCUCAACUCGACCGGGAUGGGCGUCGGCGGCCAGCAUCCGUCGCAAAACGUCACCAUGGAUGAGCUGCGCGUGUGA